CCUCCAAUUCCCGCUCACAUCACAAAAAUGGUUUCUAUGAAGGCUGCCUUCUUGGCUCUCGCUGGCGCUGCCGUUGUCGCCGCCCAGUCCGCUGGUGACUACGUCUGGCCCUACCCCGCCAACGUCGUUGACCACAACACCGUCGUCCCCGCUCCCUCCCGCUUCGUCCUCGCUGAGGCCUCUGGCAACACCGUUGUUGCCUCGGCCUUCCAGCGCUUCCAGGACAGCUACAAGGCUCGCUCUGCUGGUGCUUCCUCCGGCAACGGCUACAAGUGUGUCGUUGACAAGCCCCUGACUGUCACCGUCAACAUUGCCAACUCCUACGCCAUCAAGCCCUCCAGCCUCAACGGUAUCGAUGAGUCCUACACUCUCGAUGUCAGCGCUACCGGCGUCACCAUCACCGCCAACUCCCAGGUCGGUGCCACCUAUGGCCUCGUCUCCCUCUCCCAGCUCGUCAAGCCCACCGGUGAGAUCGUCUCGGCCACCAUCAAGGAUGCCCCCGCCUACCGCUUCCGUGGCUUCAUGCUCGACACCGCCCGUACCUUCUUCCCCGUCGAGGACAUCAAGCGCAUCAUUGACGGUCUGGCCUACACCAAGAUCAACGUCUUCCACUGGCACUUCUACGACUCCCAGUCCUUCCCCUUCGACUGGCCCUCUUACCCCCAGCUCCGCUCCACUGCCUACACCGAUGCCAACGGCAACCCCAAGCUCUACUCUGAGCAGGAUGUCCGCGCCAUCGUCCAGUACGCCUUUGAGCGCAACAUCCGUGUCAUCCCCGAGUUCGAGGCUAUCGGCCACAACGCCGUCUUCGCCGCCGUCGAUCCCUCCUUCGUUGUCGGCCUGAACCACUCCCCCUGGGACGGUCGCAACCAGGACACCAACAACGCCUCCUCCGGCAUCCUCUGGUGGGGUACCCAGUGGUGCAACCAGCCCCCUUGCGGUCAGAUCGAUCUGACCAACGACAAGGCCCUGGACUUCUUCGGCCAGCUCGUCUCCGAGGUCGGUGCCUGGUUCGAGGACCCCGUCGCCCACUACGGUCACGAUGAGUUCAACUUCCGUGUCUACGGCACCACCCCCGACAACUGGGACUCUGUUGACGCCGGCGCCAUCCAGUCGCUCUUCGCCACCGCCGAGCCCAAGCUCCUGGCCCAGAUCAACAAGUCUGGCCGCAUCUUCGGUGCCUGGGACGAUGCCGUCACCGACUUUGGUGUCGCUGCUGCUCUCCCCAAGGAUGCCCACAUCUGGCAGUGGAACGGCCACGGUGACAACGUCCAGAACAUUGCCAACGCUGGCUUCAAGAACAUCAUCGUUGGUGCCUCUGACCAGUACUACCUGGAUUGCUCGCCCUCCGUCAACUGGUGCCGUGACGCCUGGGAGAAGUCCAACCCCCCCACCAAGUACAACAUCUCCGACUACUUCACCCUCGCCGGCCAGUGGCACAACUGGACCCGUAUCUACAACUACGACAUCACUGCCGGCGUCAACUCCACCGAUGCCAUCAUUGGUGCCGAGGUUGCCCUCUGGUCCGAAACCGUCAAGCGCCACAACCUUGACCACUACGUCUUCCCCCGUACCUCCGCUGCUGCCGAGCGCUGGUGGUCCGCUGGUGCUGCCCCCGCCUUCGAUGCUACCAAGACUGGUGCUCGUCUCGACCGUCUCCGUGCCAUCCUGAUCAACGAGUUCCAGAUCGAUGCCUCCGACCUGUCCUACCUCGGCAACCAGGAGGAGCACGUCUUCCGCACUGAGUGGUGCGAUGCCAACAUCAACGCCCCCGCCCAGUACACCAACCUUGCCUACGGCUUCGCUGGCCAGUACAACUUUGGCCACAACGGCUCCCCCGUCAUUGCCCAGAACGUUGACAACACCACCCUCCCCUACUCCAACAUCACUGCUGGUGGUCCCCACUGGUAUGUCUACCCCGCCAACGACUCUGGUGACUACUGCCACAUCGCCAGCCUCUACACCACCAACAGCUACACCCACAUUGUCCCUGCCUCCAUCCCCUACCCCUACUAAGCGACCUCCGCGGUCCGCGGUCCUCUUUCUUGGUCUCCCGGCCCUCUCGAGGGGCAGGGGCCUCGAGCCUGAAUCGUAAUCGCCUGGCGCGCAGGUGUAAUAUCUGACCCCCCCCCCCACUUCUCAGCCAC